CACGCGCCCCGACGUCGUCGCGCGCGGCCGUGGCGCUCUCGCGGCCGCCUGCGAUGAGUUUAGUUUUGAAAACAAGGGGCCGAUCGCCGCUCGCCGCGCUACGUCGUCGCCGUCGUCGUCGUCGUCGCGCGUAGACGAUCGCAAGAGACGCGGUCGCGGGUCGUAAACGUUGCCGUCGGGAGUCUCGCGUGCGGUUCUUCUCAUCCGGCCCUUCGCGUCCAGCCAGUUUUAUUCACCAGACAUAUAUCCGUCCGUCCCGUACCUCUGUCUCUCUCUCUCUCUCUCUUUAUCCUCUCCCUCUCCCUCGGCCAUCCUUAAACGACUCCUACGCUUCUGGCGUCUCUUUCGUGCCCGUCGUCGGUCGAAACGUAACGUGGUGAAAGAAUGGACGCCCUUCGGGAGCAGGUGAUGAUCAAUCAGUUCGUACUGGCCGCGGGCUGCGCCAGGGAACAGGCCAAGCAGUUGCUACAAGCGGCACAUUGGCAAUUCGAGACCGCCCUCAGUAUUUUUUUCCAAGAGGCGGCGAUACCUUCCUGCGCGCAGGGAGCCGGCACCCACUUCGGCCAAAUAACACCAUGCAAUACGCCAGCCACUCCACCGAAUUUCCCGGAUGCGCUGCUGGCGUUCUCCAAAAUGUCAGCCGGUGAAAAAACUCCGUCAGGCAUGUCUCCGAAUCAGAACGGAUUGCAGGUGAACUCGGCAUCGAGUGUCAUGCAGCAUCAUGCCGUUAGCGGUCGGUGUAGCACAUCGGGCAAUGCGGCGCAGCAACAGACGCAGCCGCAACAGACGCAAUUUGGCCUGGGCGAGCCGCAGAGAUAAGAGUGACUGUGCUAGUCGCGAGCGCGAAACGUCACGAAGAUGACGCGCGAUAAAGUUUCCGGAGCGCGAAUGGUGCUCCGAGUAUGGGACGAGAGAGAUUCGAGAAUGAUUAGACACAGAGGAAAGAGAAAAAUUCAUUUUUUUUCGAGAAGAAACGCGUCCUUCCUGGAAGAGGGGGGAAAAAAAGAAUGAAACUACAGGGAAAAAUAUCUUUAUUGGAUUGGAAUCGGAUUAUAUAUAUGUGCUAUUGAAUUGCUAUGUUAUCCGCGUAUAAUAGCAAUGUGUGAUGCGGUGAUUAUGUGUGUAUGUAUGUGUGUGUAUGUAUUAUACUUGUGUAAUGUGAGAGUGAGUUUGCGUCGAUUUUCUCAACGACACCCAUUCGUGUAUCACGGAAUGAUUGCAUCGCGAUUGCUUUCCUUUCUGGUUUCUCCGAGAAAUUAUUUAAUUUCAAAGAAUGGUGCGUUGAAGAAUCUGACACACACAUACACAUAUUUAUACAUAUGCACGAAAAGACGAAGGAGAAGAGGUGAGAAUUACAUCAUAGGAUUUUCUCCCCUUUUCUCUAUCAUACCCAGACUAUACCGUAGGUCCGAGACGAUCAAAAAGACAUUGAUAAUAAUUCUGAAGGAUCAUAUUGUGAAGAAUGGCUCUCCCGCUCCGAAACCCAACUUCCUUGUCCCCAUAUAACUAUAGACAGUGGCUGUUUCUUUAGGAUUCACCGUAUACCACCGUUAGACUAGGCAACGAAUUUUUCGCUAUCACUUCCACGUCACAGUACAAAAGAACUGCAAGAGUUUCUUCGGUUCUCGUCUUGGAAAAUCUUUGCGCACUUUUUCGCGAAAGAUGAUGAGAAAAUCGCGUAUUUUCAACCUAGAUGAAAGACAACGCUGCACCCGAAGAUAUUCAUUUUUGAAUCGUGGAACUCGACUGGUUUAUGAUCCUUUUACUGUUGUCCUAAAAUAGAAUAAUGCUUGCAAUUAUUCAUGCGAACGGCGCGUAUUCCGUUUCCGUAAGCACGCCGAUACUUCGGUGGUAUAAAUAAAUAUAUCAGGCUAAGUAUAAUAAACGAAGAUUUAUCGUGUAAAAAUUUGUAAAAAGGAUGUCUCGAAUUGUGUAAUUCGUUGAUUUUACAUAUAGUAAUUAAUUACAAGUAAAAAGUAACUAAAAUAAAAUCCGAGUGAUAGAGUAUAAUAGCUCGAAAAAAUUAACGCGUCAAAAGUAAUAUAUCUAGUAAUGUUUCCUUUUUUCAGGCCGUUUUUUGCUGUCAUGAUAAGUGGUAAAGAAUUCUCGAGUCGAUUAUUGUGCCGACUAUACGUGUGAAUACAUAACUAGAAAAUAUUUGAUUUUUUUUUUAUC